CGUCGCUGCGGGCUUACACUCCUGACGUGCCUUAGAUAAGGAGCUAUUCCUUGCUAACGCCUCUUGGGCUUUCUUAUCGAAUUGAAGUUUUUAUUCCCUCCUCACCCCCCACCUUCUUUUGGUUUGAGGUUGGUGGAACGUUCUUAUAGAAGAAAAAUAUUCCUGUGUGUGUUUUUAACACUCGAGUUAACGUACAAUGGGUUCUGACUACCCUCCCAGUCUCCGAUGUGGUCUGCCGGGGCUCAUACUCUCUUUGGAAACUGCCUUUAUCCUCAUAUUUUGGUUUUGCUUUUCAAAUGAAAGUGGAAGUACACCGAAAGACCUUGACAUCUAUCCUGCAUUUCAAGAUGUCAACGUCCUAAUGAUUUUGGGAUUUGGCUUCCUCCUGGCCUUCUUGAAAAGAUAUGGAUUUAGCAGCACUGGAUUCAACCUGCUAAUUGCUGCACUUGGAGUUCAGUGGGCUGUGCUCGUGGAAGGAUUUUUGUUUAGUUCCUCAGCAGGAAAAAUGAAAAUCAGCCUGCACAGCAUAUUAAAGGCCAGUAUAAGUGUAACUGCUGUUUUAAUCUCAGCUGGAGCUCUUCUGGGCAAGGCUAACCCUAUUCAGUUGAUUUGGAUGGCGAUGGUGGAGGUGGCAGCUUUUGUUACGAGCAGAUGGAUCAAUGUAAAAUUCCUGAAGGUUGAGGAACACACAAGCUUGAUGCAUGUUCCCAUAUUUGGGACCUACUUUGGCUUGGCAGUCUCCUGGUGGCUGUACCAUUCUUCGCUGAGUGAAAAGGUUGAAAAGGAAAAGUCUAAUCCGAUAUCUGAUUUGUUUUCAAUGCUGGGCGUUCUCUUUGUGUGGAUGUUCUGGCCAAGCUUCAACUCUGUGCUAAUCGUGGAUCUGAUGGAAAGGAGGAAUGCAAUCUGCAACACUUACUAUGCCAUAGCUGUGAGUGCUGUGGCUGCUUUUGCACUGUCAUCCUUGAGCAGCAGGAAUGGAAAAAUCAGGAUGAUCCACAUCCACCAUGCAGCACUAGCAGGAGGGGUUGCUCUUGGUUUCUCAGCUCCUAUUAUUCCACAUCCUUGGAUUGCCAUGAUAUUGGGUCUGCUUGCCAGCAUGGUCGCAGUACUGGGAUCUCACUGUUUACAGACAUAUUUGAACUCGGUGCUCAAGAUUCAUGACACCUGUGGCGUCCAUUACAUGUUUGGGUUGCCUGGAUUGCUUGGAGCGAUAGUCAAUGUCAUUCUCUUCAUAAUAAUCAAGCGGGCCAAUUUAUCAAGCCUGGGUUAUCUAGCCUUGAUUGAAGUUGGCUCUUUCAUGUUGACCACUGCUAUUGGUUUGGGAACAGGCUUCAUUACAGGUUUCAUUUUGACUUUCAAACUAUGGAAGACAUUGCCUGCAUCAAAAUACUUUGAUGACCAAGCUUAUUGGGAGUUUCCCCAUCUGGCUUAUCGAUUUUGAACAGAGGGACCGGACCAAAAUUACAGAAGAUUAGACCAAGAUGAGGAAAACAUUUCCUAUUCUCUGCUUUUAGAAAAUGAAUUGGCAUGGGAGGGAAGAAAAGGUUAAAUAUCACUCCUGAAUUUCAAAAUGAAGAAACAUUAUUGCAUUAGGCUACUUUCAAUUCUUCAAUGAUACAGUAUGUAAAGUCACAGGUAAAAUAGUUCAUUCAGCUUUUCUGCCUUGAUAAAGUCUUGCCUUCAACAUUUUCUUUUGUAAGUCAUAUACAAUGGAUCCAUCCAGCUUUGAUAGCUUAUCCUUUUAAGAUGCUUCCAGAUUUUAAUGAAGGAAGAUAUUUGUAACUCCUAUUUUGAAAGUCAAAAAAUCAUGAACAUUAAGGGCUUGAUUCUGCAGGUGCUGAGCAUGCUAGUUCUGAUCUAGCAAAACACUUGUGCUUAAAAAUAUGCACCUGCUGAAGUAAUCCUACUGAGGUUCAUGUUAAGGAAAUGCUUGAGUGCUUUGCUGGAUUGGGGCCAGUAUGCUCAGCACCUUGCAGGAUCAAAGCCUAAAUUAGUUAAAGGAAAUCUGUAGCUGCUUUGGUUUAGGCCAGCUGCUCUGAAAAUUCAUAUGUUAAGAAAUUGAAGUGUGAAGUGGAAUUGAAAAUAAAAGGCUUGACCCUACAACCCUUACUCAUGUGAUCAGUGCCCCUGAAGUUAAUAGCAUUACUUGUGCAAGGGUUGCAGCAGCUGACUGAGAAUACUCAAUCCUGAGAAGUGGGGAGUGCCUGGGAGCUGUAAAUACUCAGCUCUUCAAACGGUCAGGUGCACAGUGGAUAUUUGAGCAGCACUCUUUACUGUACUGAAGUGACUAGUGCCUCUUGCUCACAUCAGUAGUCCUCACACAAAUAAUCCCAUUUACCUAAAUGGGGCUAAUUAUGUGAGUAAGGGACUUGAAGCAUAGUGCCCAUAAUGUGUAACACAGACAGUAUUAGUCACAGGCUUAAUUAAUUAUAAACCAGUUUCUAAAGGCCUUUAUCCUGGUUUCAUGUUUAAAUGUUUUACCUUUAAACACUUGUUUAAGGAAACAAUGUAAAAAACCUGGUGCUGUGUGAGUGAAUAUUAAUGAACAAACUUUAUUUUGUAUUUUAAAGGGCCACAGUCAAUAUGAAAAAAUCAGUUGGUCUGAAAAUGUUGUGUAUAUACAAUAGUUAAAAGUAAUGCUUAACAGUACUGCCAUCUGAUGGCAUUUAAAGCCCCAGUUCUGCAUCGACUUCAAUAGGUCACCACAAGGGCCUGCCUGCAUAGAACUCAGGAUCAGGGUCUUAGUAUAUAGUUAGCCCUAAUGCUGUAAUGGACUUUGUGCAAGCAGAUUCCUGAACCCAGAUGGAGCUCCUUGUAGGACUGAGGCCUUAGUCACUGAUCUCUAGAUCCUCAAAAGGUGUUUGGGCAUGUGCCCACCCUGGAUUUCAAUGAGUUAGACAACUAAAUAUCUUUUGAGCAUCUGGGUAGAGUUUCUCCAUUUCAGAAUGUUUGUCUCAAUCACAGCUUUUUCAGUUGCCUAUGUUAAUAAAUAAAUUGCAAGUAUUGGUUGUCUUUAA